UGGAUUUCUUGAGCUCACCUCGUGAGUUCCACGAAGCACGUCGCUCCGAGAUCCCGAUGACAGAGGAGGGGGCCAGCCUGAGGAUCACCAGGGACCUGAAAGCUGCUGUCUCUGCCAUCCUGCGGUCCCACGGGGACGGGCAAGGGCCAGUGACAGAUGCCAGUGCCGAGCUGCACAGACUCUGUGGCUGCCUGGAGCUGCUCCUGCAGUUCGACCAGAAAGAGCAAAGGAGCUUCCUGGGGCCCCGGAAAGGCUACUGGGACUUCCUGUGCACCGCUCUGCAGCGGCAGCGAGGGGACGCAGAGCUGACUCGCUUUGUCUGCUCACAGGACAAGCUGAAGACAGCUCUGGGCAAAGGCCGAGCCUUCAUCCGAUGCUGCCUCGCCCGCGGACAGCUGGCUGAGUCCCUGCAGCUCUGCCUCCUGAGCCCUGAACUUUCCAGGGCAUGGUAUGGCCCCCGCAGCCCUCUCUUGUGCCCCGAGCUCAAAGAAGACAUCCUGGACUCUCUCUACACACUCAACGGGGUGGCCUUCAACUUAGACCUGCAGCGGCCAGACCUUGAUGAAGCCUGGCCCAUGUUCUCUGAGUCCCGCUGCUCCAAUCCCAGUCGUGCCCAGGGAAGGAGAGCCAGAAAGACUAAAGAUUCACCAAAAGAGAUCGCAUCGGGAGGCCCCAGAGGAGCCUGGCCGAGGGAGCCACACACCAGUCAAGCCAGCUGUCAGCGAGAUGCACCCAGAACAGACCUAUUGCCAGGUUCUUCCAGGUCCCAGCAACAUGGGCAUUUUCCUUCCUUUUUGGAAAAGAAGAAAGAAGAUUCCAGAAGCCUCAGUCCUUCCCAGAACACCGAGGGAAAGGAGCUUCCUCUAGACCAGGAGGAAGGAGAUCCAGACCCUGGGAGAUACCUGGAGACCUUAACAGCCAGCAUCCAGCAACCAAGGGAGGGAGGCAAGGAGGCUCAGACGGUGGCAGGGAUGGAGGCUGAAGGCAAGGAGGUUCUGCUAGGUAUAAAGGAUCCAAGAACCACAGAGGCGGCUCACAGAGGAGAAGCAGAGCAGCAUCCUGUCCGGGGGUUUCUGGCCUGCACACCCCAGGAAAUGACAGAGGAAGCAGCAUCAGGGAGCAGGCAGGGGCAGGAGGGGCCUGGCCUUCUGCAGGAGUUCUGGGCCCUUCAGGACCUGGAAGCAGAGGGAGAUUCCACCACGGAGAAGUCAGAAGAGCAAACAGGAGUGGCCAAGAAGGAGGAGCUCGCAGAGCUGUCCUUACAGGAUAUGGUCAAGAGCCUCAGACAGAAGCUCCAGCGGGCUGAGGAGCAGGCCCAGCGCCAGGAGCAGCUUCUGCAAGUGUGGGAGGGUGAGAGGCAGGCUCUCCAGGAGCAGCUCAGCAGGUGUCAGGGAGAGAGCGCCCGGCUGCAGACGCAGCUGGACCAGCAGCGACGGGAGGCGGAGAGGAGGGGCGCCAUGUAUGAGGAGGAGCUCAGAAGGCAGCAGGACCUGGUCCAGGCCAUGAAGAAGAGAGUUCUAGAAUUGAUUCACGAGAAGGACCAGCAGUGGCAGAGACUCCAGCGGCCCUCCACCGUGGGCCCCGGGUGCUGUGUUGGCUGCGGCAAGGUCUUCGGCCGUCUGUCUCGGCGCUAUCCAUGCAGGAUCUGCAGGGGUCUGGUGUGCCAUGCCUGCUCAGCAGAUUACAAGAAGAGGGAGCGAUGCUGUCCACUCUGUGCCCAGGGAGGAGCCCAAGUUACCUGAGCAAACCUCCGAGACAGGGCCAUACCAGGAACUCACCCCUUCUGAGCCACUCCCAUCCCUCGCUCUGUCCAGCCUUCUAGGAACCCGAUUAGCUAUGUAUCAGCACGGUGGGGUGGGGUGGAAGAAGGCAGCAGGCGGUAGCAGGUAAUUCUAGCCUGGAACCGUUGUGAUGGAUGAGGCGCAUGAGAUGUGCCCUCAGCUCAUAGAAUGUUGCCUCUCUUGGGAGUGAGUUGAGUUCCAGCCUCCGUAAAAUCCCCCUGCGCUCAGCCAGUCCAUGAGCGUGAAUAAGAGCCCGGGUUCCCACUGGUUCCCCUCCCUGCUCUACCAGCCACAGUGUGGGUUCAUGGAGAGCUUCCUGUCUAAUCUGCCUUGGGAAUCUGUGUCUGGUUCAUCUCAUCUCAUUGCAA